CAGUUCAGUUUGUUGCCAAGAGCCAAAGCCAUCUAGUCUCCCUCACCUCCAUACCUUCGACUUCCAAGGUUGCUUACCAGUCUCUAAAUCCGCAGCUCAGCCGCGAUUCCUCCUCCUUUCUGACGGGUGAUUCCCGUGCUUCGGCUAGUCCUUCCGGUGUCGGCACCACUAAGGCGUCCGUUCAAGUUUCGGUUCCGGUUUCCGGGUGUCCCCCUCCCAGCCUGGUUCCGUUCCACUGCUCGCACAUUACUUUUGGAUAGAUUCGAAGCUGCUUAUGACCCUGCUUCUCCGACAUCACUGACUGGGGAGGAAGCUGUCUCUUGAUCUCCGCGAUAGCAGCGAUAAAAGCAGCAGAUGUAGUGAACGAAUUCGACUGUCGUGAGUUCUAGAGUCCGAAUCCACCUCCAUCAGGCAGAGUCUGUAGGCCGUUUUGUAGAACGAGUUGCAGGAACUGUGUGGCUGCAGAAUUUGCUGUUUUUUGGGCCGGAACUAUUGCCACUCGCCUUGCCUCCGAAUUCGUCAUCGCAAGUCGAUCCAGCCGUCCGGAAUUGGAACACUGGAACCAUGGCCUUUAGACCAAGCCACCGAAACGACAAGGGCCGCAGCUGGCUGCUGGGCGACACAGGAGCAGCAGGGUCUGAGCACGUGCAACUACAGGUGGACCCCAUUCGCGCGGGGCUAGACCAGGAGAUUGGGUCCCUCAGGGACCAGGUGUCCAAGCUCAAAAGAGUAGCAGGAGACAUAGCGCUUGAGACUAAGCAGCAGAACGAAAUUCUGACUCAACUGGAGCACACCAUGGCAAAGGCACGGGCGGCAGUGCGCAACACAAUGCGCAAGGUGGACAGGCAUCUCAAGGGUAGUGGCUCCGCACACCUUUUACACGUCAUCCUCUUUGCACUUGCUUGCUUCCUCUUUGUGUACCUUUGGAAGAAGCUGAGUUGACACAAUGCUUGUACGGUACUCAUCUUCAAUCCGAGGAGUUCAUCGAUGUGAGAGAAUGGAGUGCAGGCCCUCAUAUUCGUUUUAGGCCACGCUGAUUGAUCAGUGUCGAUCUCAAAAAACACCUUGAAAAUCAGUUUUUGGUAGUGGUUUUCUUACUGGAUGCCCCUGGUUCUUUCGUUUUCAAGGCUGAUUCAUCAGGGUCGGUACAAGAGUGUUGUGA